ACUUAAAUAUACCAUCACAUAGCCUAACUGUUUUCAGUUGUGCAGACAAGAUAGCAACAUAGCCUAACUAGCCUGUUAGUUAUAAUUGUCUCAUGAUGGGAUAUGUCUGUUCUGGUGCCCAUACAGUCUCAGAGUGAUAAGCAGGCGGAGACGUUCACAAAUGGCUUUCUGAAGAACAGUUUACCGGGUAUGAGCGAGAAGGAAAUCGGCGACUUCAUGCUUCGCAAAGCUGUGGUUCUAAAGUAUGCUAAAAAGAAAAAGGAAAAGAAGAAAAAAAAGAGAACUAAGGGUCUCAAUGCGAAACAGAGGAGGGAGAUGAAGGUCUUUCAGCUGAAACCAGAGCAUCAAAAAUAUGAGCUUUUCUUGCCUUUGCAUGAGCUAUGGAAACAGUACAUCAGAGAUCUGUGCAACGGAUUGAAACCAGAGAGCAACCCACAGACAAUUCAGCAGAGGCUUUUGAAGGCUGAUUUUCAUGGUGCCAUUCUGACAGUGGCCAGGUCCAAAUGCCCCUCGUAUGUAGGCACCACAGGAAUCCUAGUGCAGGAGAUGAAACAUGUCUUCAAAAUCAUCACAAAGGAGGAUAAACUGAAAGUCAUACCCAAGCGAAACAGCGUGUUUGCCGUGGAGAUCGAUGGCUUUGUCUCCCAUAUCUACGGCAGCAAGUUUGAACUCCGCUCAAGUGAACGAUCAGCAAAGAAAUUUAAAGUCAAAGGAACCAUAGACCUGUGAUGGUGUUGAUAGAGUACAGGACCGCCUAUGCAAAUGACAAUGAUGAGUGACAACCUGACCUGCAACUGCAGGUGGAGAAAUGAGACUGAGCUCUGAGACUGAGUUGUGAUUAGAGAACAUUUGUGUUGGUAUUUUCCUUUUUGUAAACGUAUCCAUUGAUAGAUCAAUGAUUCAAUAAUUUUACAUAAUUGUAAAUACAUUAUGAUCUGUUUUCAGUUGUUUUGAGCAGCACUACCUAUGUCCACAAGGUGGCACUAAAUCAAUCUGCUUCCUCAAUGUAUGUACAAUAAACAUAUCUAUUUCUAGAAAUGUUUGUUAAAUUA